AUGCCAGAAGUCGUCGAAGGCGAAAAACGGGAGGUGCGGCGCAAGAAGUUCGCGCCCAAAACUCGCAGCGGUUGUGUCAAUUGCAAAAAGCGUCGCAUAAAAUGUGACGAGGCCAAGCCGUCUUGUUGCAGGUGCAUCACAUAUGGCAUCGUGUGCUAUUAUGACCCUCCCAAAACAUGGCUCUUUGACCCGAAAAACGACCAGCAAACGAGGCAGUCGCUAAUCAACACCACCACCACUACUACUAGCACCAAUCGACCAGUCCACUCCUCCGCCUCAGCACCUUCUGGUAGCUCUAUUGCCCGUUUAGACGAAAACCUCUACCAAUCGCAACAUGAGCACGACGCCUUCAAGAGCUGGGUGUUCUUCCUCACCAACUAUGUCGAGCCAAGAUCCUCCUUUGUUGGCCAAAGCCCCGAUGUAUGGUCAAUCGUGAUCCCGCAAAUUGCAUACCACUCGGUUGCGCUACGGCACGCCAUGAUCGCCUGCGGCACCAUGAUCCAAGCAAUGCAGCGAAAGGAACUUGGUGAUGCCUUCGACAGGUCGACAACCACCAUCGUGGUGCAUGCGACCAGGGCGUUCCGCGAGCUGUCCAUGCAUGAACGGCCACUGCUCGAGGUCGUCUUGACGGCGCAUACCUUCUGGUCGCUGGACCUGAUGUCCGGUAAAUUCAAAAGUGCCAUGAUGCACAUUCUGAGCGCGAUGAAGAUUGCCCAACAGUCUCGCAAGGCACUUGCCAGUGACGCGCUGGCCAACUUCUUCGUCCAGGGAAUGGUCGCCGGGUUCCCGCCUGAUCCUGAGACCUUGAAGGACACCAAGCUGGAACCCUCUGAUGAUGCGGACCCGCCUGCUGUGAAAAAAGCGAAAGCCGUGCCCAAGUUGGAACAUGGCUAUGAUCAGGUUCUGGCUUGCAGGCACCGUGUCAUGGUGAACGGUGCUCCUGAAAAACCAAGAAUCCUUUUCACGCUGGACGCGCUGAGGAGCGAGAUUCAAUGGAUCCUCUCGCAGUAUAAUACGCCGGAGUCUUAUGACAAGUGGCUGCAAUCUGUGCAGGGGUACGAACAAUCCGAGAGGGACCCGGAUCCUCUGCCCGGCACGACGCCGGGGAUAUGCUACCGAAUUCUGACGGACGUGGAUAACCAUAUUGGCGACAAGCCAGGGUUCGACAUCGUGGAAUGGGAGAAAGAGUGCAUGAGGACCAUGAUGAUGUUCAUGGUUUUGACUGCUGGGUCUGACUUGACGCUGAGACAUACCACGAUGGAGUUCUUUGAAUAUUCCAGGCAGAUCAGACAGCCGCGACGACAGCUCCGCAGAUGA